GCCAGGCCCCCUUUCUGCCUCCACCUCUUCCCGGCGCCGCUUUCUGGAAGGUUCGUGAAGACUGUGAGUGCGCCGUUUCCCUACGGCGGUCAAGAAUCCGUGUCCAUCCGUCCUUCCUGAGCCAGCGCGGACUUAGCCACGCUUGCCAUGCCGGAGAACGUGACACCUCGGAGCGGGGCGGCCGCCGGAGCUGCCGGCGGUCGUGGGAAAGGCGCCUACCAGGACCGCGACAAACCGGCUCAGAUCCGCUUCAGCAAUAUCUCCGCGGCCAAAGCGGUUGCUGAUGCUAUUAGAACAAGCCUUGGACCAAAAGGAAUGGAUAAAAUGAUUCAAGAUGGAAAAGGUGAUGUGACCAUAACAAAUGAUGGUGCCACCAUUCUGAAACAAAUGCAAGUAUUACACCCAGCAGCUAGGAUGCUGGUGGAGCUGUCUAAGGCUCAAGAUAUAGAAGCAGGAGAUGGCACCACGUCAGUGGUCAUCAUUGCUGGCUCUCUCUUAGAUUCUUGUACCAAACUUCUUCAGAAAGGAAUUCAUCCAACCAUCAUUUCCGAGUCAUUCCAGAAGGCUUUAGAGAAAGGUAUUCAAAUCUUGACUGACAUGUCUCGACCUGUGGAACUGAGUGACAGAGAAACUUUGUUAAACAGUGCAACCACUUCAUUAAACUCAAAGGUUGUCUCUCAGUAUUCAAGUCUGCUUUCUCCAAUGAGUGUCAAUGCAGUGAUGAAAGUGAUUGAUCCAGCCACGGCUAUAAGUGUAGAUCUUAGAGAUAUUAAAAUAGUUAAGAAGCUGGGUGGGACAAUUGAUGAUUGUGAAUUGGUAGAAGGACUAGUUCUCACCCAAAAAGUGGCAAAUUCUGGCAUAACGAGAGUUGAAAAGGCUAAGAUCGGGCUUAUUCAGUUUUGCUUAUCUGCUCCCAAAACAGAUAUGGAUAAUCAAAUAGUAGUUUCUGACUAUGCCCAGAUGGACAGAGUGCUGCGAGAAGAAAGAGCCUAUAUUUUAAAUUUAGUGAAGCAAAUUAAAAAAACAGGCUGUAAUGUUCUUCUUAUACAGAAGUCUAUUCUAAGAGAUGCUCUUAGCGAUCUUGCAUUACAUUUUCUGAACAAGAUGAAGAUUAUGGUGAUUAAGGACAUUGAAAGAGAAGACAUUGAAUUCAUUUGUAAGACAAUUGGCACCAAACCAGUUGCUCAUAUUGACCAAUUCACAACUGAUAUGCUGGGUUCUGCUGAGUUAGCUGAGGAGGUCAGUUUGGAUGGUUCUGGAAAACUGCUCAAAAUUACAGGCUGUGCAAGUCCAGGAAAAACAGUUACAAUUGUUGUACGUGGUUCUAACAAGCUAGUGAUCGAGGAAGCUGAACGGUCCAUUCAUGAUGCCCUGUGUGUUAUUCGCUGCUUAGUGAAGAAGAGAGCUCUUAUUGCCGGAGGUGGUGCUCCAGAAAUAGAGUUGGCCCUAAGAUUGACUGAGUAUUCACGAACACUGAGUGGUAUGGAAUCGUACUGUGUUCGUGCUUUUGCUGAUUCUAUGGAGGUCAUUCCAUCUACACUAGCUGAAAAUGCUGGCCUGAAUCCCAUUUCUACAGUAACAGAACUAAGAAAUCGGCAUGCCCAAGGAGAAAAGACUACUGGCAUUAAUGUCCGAAAGGGUGGUAUUUCCAACAUUUUGGAGGAGAUGGUCGUCCAGCCUUUAUUGGUUUCAGUCAGUGCUCUGACCUUAGCAACUGAAACUGUCCGAAGCAUUCUGAAAAUUGAUGAUGUGGUAAACACUCGAUAAUCUAGAUAAUGCUGGCUAACUGCCAUGAUUAUGGCCACCAGUACCAUGGCUAGAAUGGAUGAUGAUCACCUUCUUUGUGUUCCUUGUCUGGAAGAUUGUUUCCCUUAUGAAUUCCUGGAUUUGGUCUUCCAGUUGGCAUCUGCUUGAAAUGUAUGGAACAACUUAAUGAAAAUAUUAAAUAUUUGGUUUCAAAUGA